AUUCUAUUGGUCCACCCACUUGUGGUGAUUGGACAUGAAAACUUUAGUACUCCUACUUUGUGCUAUAACUUCAGCUUUGGUUUCCAGGUCUUCAGCAGAUAAUUCUAUUGAUCCAAGCCAACUGAUUGAUGUUGUUGAUGUUCUUAAGAGAUGUGGUUUCCCAUAUGUAAGAUGGUUUGACCUUGGUCUAAAGCUAGGCCUACUAAAAACCACAUUAGAUACAAUAGAGAAGACCCAUAUUGGUGAUAUUCCCAGGUGCUUGACUGAGUGCUUGUCUAAAUGGCUCAGUAGAUUCGACAAUGUUGAUCAAAAAGGAGGCGCUACAUGGGAAUCAUUGAGUAAAGCAAUACGUUCUAUAGAUGAGAUUGCUGUUGCUGACAAGUUAAAUGAAGAAAUACAUAGACUACACAGUCAUGUUAAUAGUAAUGCUGGCAUUUUUGAUGGUCAUCAUAAAGAAGAAGUUUUUUCAAAUGAUCAAAAAAAAAAGGAAAAACACAACACGGUCAAUUUUGAUGAUGUGCUUGACAUGUUACAAAAAGGGGUUAAAGUUGCUAAUAAACUACUAGGAGAAAACGGAGAAAUACAGCGAGGAGAUGGAAAAAGUCCAAUAAAGUGGAACAUACAGGGCACAAGACGUGGUUUUGAAUGGAUGUGGAUAGGCACCUGCUAUGACACUAAAACUGGUAUCACUGAAGUACAUACUAAGCAAAGUCGAGAUGGAGCACUGGAACAUUGUCUUACAGCAUUGUUUAAAAAAAUUUGAAGUUUUUUAUAAUGAUAAUAUUAUUUU